AUGUCCCCUGUCCUGGGCCCAUCCCAGCUUUCCCUGCAACACCUGGGCCCGGUGCACAAGGACAGGGGGGACAUCGCGCGGGCGCUGGCCCCCUUCUACCACUCCUUCGUGGACGUGCUGGAGUUCAGGGUGAAACCCAUCGAUGCCAGCGACUGCUUCUUCGACAUCAACGUCAACUACGACUUCACCAAGGGCUACCUGGACCUGGUUGUCACCUACGUGUCCCUUGUGCUGCUGCUGGCCCGCACCGAGGAGCGCCGGGUGCUCAUUGGCCUGUACCACUGCGCCCAUGAGAUGAUCCACGGCACCAGGUGGGCACCCGGGGCCUGGCUGAUCCUAAUGUCCAUCCCCAUGGCCCAUCAUCCCCUUGUCCCCUAGGCUGUCACCAGCGCCCUCCUGUCCCUGCACUUCCUCUUCGCGCGGAGGAAUCAGGGGGCCGAGCAGUGGCGGAGCGACCAGCUCCUGAGCCUGCUGGGCGCCGCGGGCUCCAUGCUGAGCCCGGCCAGCUCCGACACCGCGGCCUGCGAGUACCUGUCCCUGGAGGUCAUGGAGCGCUGGAUCAUUCUGGUGGUGCUGGUGCUCAUGGGGGUGAUGGUGACGGUGGCAGUGUCAGUGGUGGUGGUGGUGACAGUGACGGUGGUGGUGCCUGUGGUGGUACCCAAUGUGGUGCCACACCCCGUCCCACCGCCGCGCUCCCAGGCGCUGCUCGUGUUCGUGGCGCUCUCGCUGGCGCGUGACGAGCUGCGCUGGCUGGCGCGUCACGCCGAGCAUGUCACCAAGACCAAGGCGCCCGAGGACUUCGCCGACAGUGUCCCCACUGUCCCCGCUGUCCCUGCUGUCCCCACUGUCCCCGGUGUCCUCGCUGUCCAUGGUGUCCCUGGUGUCCAGCCACGUGGCCGAGCUGCUGUUCCUGCUGGAGCGGCUGCGGGCGCUGGCGCGACGCGGCCCGUGUGCCCCGAGGAGGAGUCCGUCAUCCUGUCGGCCUUCGUCCGCUCGCUCUCCGCGCUCUCCCUCAAGGAAGGGGAUGACAAGGAGCCGUUGGACUUUGCACCUCUGCGCCUGGACUGGUUCCGCCUGCAGGCCUACACCAGCGUGGCCAAGGCCGCCCUGCCGCUGAGCACCAACCCCGACGUGGGCCGCGUCAUGAACCUCAUCGUGUUCCACACCAAGCUCCUCGACUCCCUCGAGGAGCUGCUGGCCGAGACCUCGGACCUCUCGGAGCUCUGUUUCUACCCUCGCUCCGUGGAGAAGAUGUUCACGGCCACGCUGGAGGAGCCCUCCAUGCUGCGCUACAGCAUUGCCUUCCCCCUGCUCUGCAGCCACUUCUCCCACUGCCUCCACCCCAUGUGUCCCGAGGAGUAUCCGCAGCUGAAGGCGACGGCGCUGGGGCUGUGCAACAAGUUCCUGGAGGAGAUGGCCCGGCAGGCCAGCGCCUGCGUCAUGGACGCCUGCGCCGAGCAGCACAACCUCAGCGAGCAGCUGCUGCCCAAGCACUGCGCCUCCACCGUGAGCAAGGUUCGCAACAAGAAGGCCUCCAAGCAGAUGUCCAAGAACCGGGAGCCCGAGCGGGACAAGCCAGGGACCGAGAGCCAGAGGAAGGACCGGACCUUGACCACCAACAUGGACAAGCUGCACCUGACUCUGUCCGAGCUGGCCCUGAGCCUCAACCACGUGCCCAACUUCAGCGUCUUCGAGCACACGGUGACGCCGGCCGAGUACCUCAGCAGCCACCUGGAGACGCGGUUCACCAAGGCCAUCGUGGCCAUGGCAGGUUACAGCCAGGCCACGCAGGAGGUGGCCCGGCCCUCGGAGGUGCUGGCGGGGCUGAGCGCCUACGUGACCUUCAUCCAGUCUCUGGGGCACCUGGUGGGCCUGGACACGGGGCGCCUCAUCCGCAACGUCCUCCUGCAGCAGACGCAGCCCCGCGAUGCCACCGGCGAGCAGACCCUCACCACCAUCUACACCAACUGGUACCUGGAGGCCCUGCUGCGUCAGGCCAGCACCGGUGCCAUCGUCCUGGCGCCGGCCCUGCAGGCCUUCGCCACGGUGCCACGCGAGGGCGAGCCGGGCUUCAGCGCUGCCGAGUUCUCCGACAUCUCCGAGAUGCGGGCGCUGGCCGAGCUCAUCGGACCCUAUGGCAUGAAGUUCCUGAGCGACAACCUCAUGUGGCACGUGGGUUCCCAGGUCGGCGAGCUCAAGGUAGGGCUGGCGUGGGUGCUGGGUCGUGGGCUGGGUGCUGGGUGCCAGGGGUGGGUGGUGGCGGUGGCCACCAGGGCUUGGUGCUGGGGUUGGGUGCUGGAUCCGGGCCCUGGCGUGGGCGAGAUCCUGAGCUUCCGCGCGCUGGCACAGCAGGGCCUGCGCGAGGUCUUCUCCUACCACUGCCCCUUCCUCAUGGGCCCCAUCGAGUGUCUGACGGACGUGGUGACACCCGACACUGACAUCCAGGUCACCCUGAGCAUCUUCGAGCUGGCGUCGGCCGCGGGGAUCCCCUGCGAGAUCGACCCGGCGCUGGUGACCGUCCUGGCCAACAGCAAGACGGAGGGCUCAUCCCCGGAGGAGGACUACAAGGUGGCCUGUCUGCUCCUGGUCUUCGUGGCCGUGUCCCUGCCCCUGCUGGCCUCCGACCCGGCCUCCGUCUACAACACCGAGAUGGACGGCUACAACAACAACAUUCACUGCCUGGCCAAGGCCAUCAUCCAGGUGUCGGCCGCGCUCUUCACCAUCCACAACAAGAACAUCGAGACCCACCUCAAGGAGUUCCUGGUGGUGGCCUCCGCCAGCCUCCUGCAGCUGGGCCAGGACCCGGACAGGAUCCGCGCCCGGAACCGCGACUCCGUCUCCCUGCUCCUGCAGCUGCUGGUGGCCGAGUCGUCCUUCCUCACCGUGGACAUGCUGGAGAGCUGCUUCCCGUACGUGCUGCUGCGCAACGCGUACCGCGAGGUGUGCCGCGAGAGCCUGCUGGCCCGCGCGCCCGCGCACUGA